CGCUCCCAGAUGUGGGACUGGGCGUCUGUGCGGUGAGUUAACCGCGGUGAAAUCUGAGCCUGCUCCGGCCUGGCUCACUGUAUUUUGGGAUGUUUUACACGGGGCAGGACAAAGACACGUUACCAGGCGGGAGCCCAGCCUGAGCAGAUGUUCCUGCUCCGAGAGAAGAAGAAGAAAGAGAAGAAGCGACAGUAUUUGUGCAGAAGAAGGACGGCUCAAAGACGGGACGGUUUCCUGUCGCCGCAGCUGCUUCUGUCUUCUUUAACUGUGAGGAAACGAUUUAACGGACUAAUUGCUGAGGCGAAGGACAGCUGACUGGAUGGACAGGGACCGUGAAUCGAAAGCGACGGUUUAAAGGACAAAGUGUUUGUGUGUAACAGGGACCUGCAGGUUUGAACCUUUGCUGACAGACAGACAGGGACUCCAACUUUUCCUCUGUGCUUCUACUGAUGUGUCGCUGUAGUCGGUCUCACCGGGAGUCGCCACUGUCUGAACUGACUAGCCAAAACUGACUAGCCACGUGUGGCCGCACAUUAGCACCAUCUGUGUGUCUGCGGCACUUUAACAGACUGCGGAACCUUUGGCUUCCCUCCCCGGACACCUCACACCGCCUCGGCCACAGAUAUGGCUGAAGAUGUCUGUGGACUCUGAUAACUCCUGUGUUUUGCUGUCAUCGCGAGACUCCAGAACGUCCUGCGUCUUCCAGACAGCUGACGAGAAGGAUGACCCUCCAGGAGUCGGAGAGGAGAGUGUUCUGGAGAUGCUGAGCUACUCCAAGUUCUCCGACCUGGAGACAUGGCUGUGUAUGCCAUCCUCACUGCUGCUGCCCAGGGCUCUGGACUCCAUCCACACCUCUUCCUCUUCCUCCUCCACCUCCUCCUCCUCACAUGCAUCCAGCCACUCCUCCAACUCCCCACCGGUCUCCUCCUCCUCCUCCCCAGCCUCCAACUCCCGUCGCUCCACCUGCAGCGAGCCAGGAGAGGCCGACACACCGCUCAGGUCACCGGACAAGGAAUCCACUUUCCUCACUCCUGCGCUGGGGAAGGAGACGCCAUUUCUGGCCAAGCCCCUCCUCCCCCUGCUGUCUUCCACCCCUGCCGCCGCCAUGCUGAGCUCAGGGACGUCGGCGGGAGACUCGGCCUCUCGGAGCGGGGUCAGCAUCAGGAAACGGCGGCGGCUCGCUGCCAGUCCAGGAGGACUCCACUGGAACGCUGCAGGUUCGGUGCAGCGCGAAUUCUGGUCACCUGAUCUGUCUCCUGGGUCAGGACGGAGCGUAGGAGCGGCAGCAGGAAGAGGAGGAGGUGGGGGUGCGAGGAGCCUACCCCUAGUCGAGGUGGGUGGGGCGUCACUGGCGUGCGCCAGCAACCGGGCAGCCUUGAGGAAAACGGUUUCGGUUGACGACCGACUGCUGCAGCCGGCGGGUGGAGAGCAGCGACAUCUGAGGCUGCUGAGUCGACUGGAGAGAGGCAGGAAGAAGCUCCGAAACAUCCACAGCCUGGGAACCACAGGGAGAUACGACACCAGGAAAAAGUCCGACAGUAAGAUCUCUCGAUUGGCCCAGAGGUGGAACCAGAGGCCGGCUGGAGAUGCUCUGAUUAAAGACCUGAAGCCGCUGUUUUACACGGGAGUCCCCCGAUCCUCACUCAGUCUGGACAGCAGGCGCCUCCCAGGUGUUAUGACCCAGCAGAUGCAGAACCUGCAGUUGUCCCAGACCAGGAAGUGCCCCGGUGGGCCGGCCUCCCCCAGCGCCGCCAAGCGCCUCUACAGGAACCUGUCGGAGAAGCUACGAGGAAGCACCUCCUCCUUCGAAGAUGCCUACUUCUUCGGAAAGACGGAUCGGCUCCGUAAGGCCUCGACGAUGCAGGGCAGCGACUGCAUCUUCGAGGCGGUGGAGCAGCAGGACCUGGACACGGUGCAGAUUCUUCUCUACCAGUUCUCGGCCGAGGAGCUGGACCUGAACACCCCUAACAGCCAGGGCCUGACGCCGCUCGACAUCGCCAUCAUGACCAACAACACGCCCAUCGCCAAACUGCUGCUGAAGGCCGGCGGCAAGGAGAGUCCACACUUUGUGAGCGUGGAGAGUCGGGACGCCCACCUGAGCUCUCUGGUGGUGGAGGCGGAGCGGCGGGCGGCAGACCUGGCGGCUCAGGCCCAGAGAGACGGCCUGUCUCUGGAAGCCUGCCACAAGGACAAACAGCUGAGGGCCUGGGAGUGGAGGAGCAAGCUGUACAAACGCAUGAGGACGGGCUUCCAGCACGCACGUGCCCCGGAGGCCCCGACUAUGGUUCGUCUGAGCGUGAGCAGUGGCACCACGCUGACCGUCACCUUUCAGGAGCCACAGUGUCUGAACUCCACUGUAGUGACCAAAUACAGAGUGGAGUGGAGCUGUUUGAAGGAUUUCUCGCUGCUUGCUGGAGAGAUGGUGUUGGAUAAUCUUCAGGCACUCAAGUGCACCAUCAGCAGCCUCACCACGGGUCGGCUCUACUACGUUCGAGUGUCGGCCUAUAACAUGAAGGGCUGGGGUCCUCCCGCCUCCUCCCUCCCUCCGUCUGCAGCUCCUUCCAAUUGGAGAGAGAGCGACGGUCGGGAGCCCAGGAGGCGAGGCCACAUCGAGGCCAUGGAGCGUCUGCUGCAGCAGGUCCGAGCAACCCACACACACUACUGCUGCGGAGACACCUCGAAGCUGCAGAACCCGAGCAGGAAGCAGUCCGUCUCCAGGAGUCUCAAACACCUCUUCAACUCCUCCAACAAGUUUGUGAAAACACUGAAGAGGGGGAUUUACCUGGCAGCUGUCUUCUACCAUAAGGACAGUUUACUGGUGACAGCAGAGGACCAGAUCCCCAUCGUGGAGGUGGACGACUCCUACAGCAGCUCCCUCAUGCAGGACUUCCUGUGGUUCACCAAGCUGUCCUGUAUGUGGGAGGAUGUCCGGUGGCUGAGACAGAGUAUGUCAGUGUCUAUGUCGUCGUCCUCCACCCUUCAGGCCAGGCACAAGAUGCUCACCGCCGCCGGACAGCUGCAGAACCUCCUGGGAACUCACAACCUGGGCCGGGUCCACUACGAGCCCAUCAAGGAUCGCCAUGGCAACGUGCUGCUGGUGACCAUCCGCGACAUGGAGAGCCAGCACUCGCUGUUCAGCGGGAAGUGGAUGCAGGUGACCAAACUGCAGAGCCAGAGGAAGUCCCUGUCCACACCGGAGGAGCCGUACGCUCUCGACAUCCUCAUCAUCACCAUACAGGACAUCUUGGCGUACCAGCGGCGCAGCACCCACCGGCUGGUCCCGGGACUCUACCUGGGCUACCUGAAGCUCAGCAGCUCCGUAGACCAGAUCAGAGUCCUGGUGUCCCAGCGGACCCCCAACAUGCUGUGUCACACCCGCAUACGAGAGAACGCCAACGUCUCCAGGGAGGAGUGGGACUGGAUCCAGACGCUGUCGGCCGCAGGAGAGAAGGACCACAGCAGCCAGGACAGCGAGGAGGCGGAGCCCAGAGCGGAGAGCCACGCCCCCUUACUGUACUACGAGCUGCAGACGGCCAUCAAGUCCCUGCUGAAACACAUCAACCUACCUCUGCAUCAGGCCCGUCACUUCCGUCUCUACAGUCAGGAGGUGGUGGAGCUCGGUCACGGCGUCUCCUUCCUGCUGCUGCUGCCAGCGGCCGAUGAUGUUUGCUCCGCCCCCGGACAGUCCAACCCCUACACCCCUCUGUCGGGAUUCCUCCACCUCCCCCUGCAGAUGUUCGAACUUGUUCACUUCUGCACCUACAAAGAGAAGUUCAUCAGUCUGUACUGCCGUCUGUCCUCCGUCUUAGACCUGGAUGCCCUUAUUACCCAGCAGGCACUGCGGGAGGCCAUCACUGACAGCGAGGUGGCCACAGCCAAACAAAGACAUCAGCUAAUCCUGGACUACAUCCAGCAGCUGGACGAAAUGCGUCGCGACCUCCGUUGGAUCACAGACGCCCUGCAGUGCGCUCGCUACAGGCAGCCGCGGGGCGGUGUACCCAUCACCUGUCUGGUGGACGCCAACGCUCCAGAAAGCGACUCCGGACAGCAAAAGACCGACUCCACCUCCUCCACCAUGGACUACUUGCCCACGCCUUCCCCCUCACCUGAACUCCGCAGGAGGAAAGCUAUCAGCGACUCCCUGCUCGGCUCGGACGAAGAUGGGUCGUCCGAAGUUUUUCUGCCGACAGACAGCGAUUACGACUCCAGCGACGCCCUGAGCCCCCGCGAGCUGGACCUGCUCUACUCUCCGCCCCAGGAUCUGUCCCAGCAGGCCGUUCACUCGCUGGGCGGCAGCGCCCCUGACGUGCUCCAGAUCCACGAGCUCAGGUACAGCGUCUGCCCACCCAAAGACCUCCCCCUCUCCCCGGUGGUGAAGGAUCCCAAAUCCAAAGACGCUCCUCUCUCUACCUCCAGCUUGCCUCACUCUCCCUCCCUCUCCAGGACCCUACCCACGUCUCCGUCCCUCCCCCUGUCUCCCAGAUUCUCCAAAGACUUGCCUCUGUCCCUCCCCCUCUCUCCGGUUCUGUCAGACACCACCAAGACUCUGGAGGGCCUCUCCCUGUCCAAAAGUCACCAGGAAGACAUUGCUCCCCUGAGGGCACUCGCCAACCCCCCUGCCAAACGCAAACUGCUCUCAAGAAGUCACAGGGGCCAGUACUUCACCGGGCCCCAGCGCUGGCUGAGGGGCCACAGCGGCGAGAGCCACACCGGAUCUUUAUCUGAGGGUGUCUACACCAAGCAGCUCGACCCGGACCUGCCCCUGCCCGGGGACCUGCCCUCCCCACAGGGCACCACCUACGUCAGCCACGCCUCCUGCGUCCUGGAGACCCAAAAGGGCCGACACCGGGAGCCGCGACCCCAUGUCCGUAGGAUCUUCGUGGAGCCUUGCAAGGAGCUGUCGCUGGGCCACAAGAGGAGGGGGCGGGAGGAAGAGCGGGGUGGAGAGAUGACGGAGAACGUGAAGGCUGCGGGUGUGUCAGUGGUCGUGGCACAGGCGGAGUCUGGAGGGGAGGGGGAGGAGCCAGAAGGAGCCGCCGGCACCCAGGACGUAGACUCAGACGACCAAACCAACGCCCAGGUGUCAGAGAUCCUGAGCAGCACGCUGUAGAGUCGGACUGCAUCCUGUGGACUUCUACGUGCUGUACAAAGGCAACUGGACGGGCAACUCAGAACUGAAGAGUAAAUCCAGAAGCCUUCAUACAGCACUUAGAAAAACCACGACCUGGGUGAGAGUCUUCGCAGUGAUGGACGGGCUGUUACAGGGUGUUGUACAGGUAUGAGACAGAAGAAGACGCCACACCCGAAAAGUAACUUGCACAAGUUUUUACGUCUGAUUUGUGAUCCAUUGAAGUUUUUCAGUGGGAAGGAGAUGGGGCUGACACGAAUCCACAGGAAGUUCCACUUCCUGUUUGUGUUUCUUUUAUCAGAUCAAAGGUACAGAUCAGACAAAUUAGAUCGAUGACGGAUUAGUAAGAUUGUGGUGUUUGAAAUGCAUGUAACACACAGUCGUUAUUCCUGUGAUACUCACCUCAGAGCUCCUGAUCCUUCAGAGAGUCCUGCACCCAGACCGGGGACUUUCUUAGCACCUGGAACUGUCCUACAUUCAGUCUCUGCUUCCACUGGUCAGAACGGGUCUCGGCCUCCUGGGGGGAGGGUCCUGCAUUAACAAGGAAGCAAACCUGAAAACUAAUAACAAUAAUUUAAUCAAACAGAAAUAUGUUUUCUGAUUUUCUAUCCUGCUGCUUAUGUUUGCAGAUGCUAAAUGAAGAACUGAGAAACCCAAAAGAAAACUAGUGUCGCUUUAAAAUAAACUCAGACUCUGGUCGAAGGUGAAGAGCGAGCGUCAAACUUGGACAUCAGCUGUUCACAUCACCACUGUCCUCCCCUCCUCCCCCCUCCCUCCCUGUCUUUGCCUCUCUAUGACAGUGAUGAUUGGCCGGCGUGUUACAGGGGCCCAUGCUGAGCGGCCCUCAGACAGCUCCCUAGAUUGUAAAUUAAACUUAAGUUGCUGGUUCAACUCCGCCAAGCCUCAGAACCCAUGGCAUCGACUGUUAUAAAGAAAAUAAUCAAUGCAACGUGAAACCAAGCACUGCUUCUCCGCCCAGGAACUUUGCACACGGUGGUUUGACUGUGGUUUGUUAAAAAGUUCAGACCUCUCAGUUUAGUUCAAGUCUCUCAAACUCAAAGUUUCCUGCAGAUCCUUACUUUUCGUGGCCCCGUCUUCAGAGCAUGGACUGUCCUCUACGUGAAGUGAAACAGUUUAGUCCGUGUGAUCGUGGUCUCCUGUGACGAUUGAAUCCCGUUUUUCAGUCAGUGUUUUUUCUGAGCUGCUCCCAUCGGGUCUUAAUGUGGUUCAAUUAACUUGUGGUCAGUUUAAAGAAAAUGAAUAAAAAUAUAUAUCUAUAUAUAUAUAAAGUUCCCAAAGGUCUGAAACAUGAGCACAGGCUUUAGAACAUGGAGUAUUUUUGUAUCCUCAGAUUUAAAGACGUAUUUUACCUGGAAUGUGGAUGAACAGUCGGAGCUGUGUGUCGUUGGCAUGACGUAGUUUGUAGUUGUGGGUUUUUUUGGACUAAAGCUUUGUGUCCAGUUUGUGCCUCCUCCUGGUUCAGCAUGACAGGGUCGGGGGUCGGGGGUCAGGGGUCUGCACUUUGCCCCUCAGGCCGGCCCGCCGUCAGCCUGACGGUGUUUGUGUCGUGCUGUUGUGUUGACAGUUUGUUGUGCUCGUUCCUUCACAGGCUGCUGGUGUGUUCUCUGUUUUUCUAUCAACAUGCUGUCAGCGAGCGUGAGAGCUGUUGAACAUGCACAGGUUCAUGUAUGCACGCUAUUUUACAAGUGCGUUUUUAAUGUUUGCACAUAGCAACUAUGGAAUAAAAGCUAAUGGACUAUUUGAUGCAACAGGGCAUUAACUGUGGCAGCUUUUACCACGAAUGACUGUAAGAAGCUCAGUGUCCUGCAGGUGAUGGAGACGUAUGAAGUGAAUUCACAGGUUGUGUUGUUUGAACGUGUGGAAACAGAUGAUUCAGGAACGUAACGAGGUUCAGCUUCACUUCACGCACGAAUCACAGCGACAGCUUUACACUGCAGCUGCCCUGCGUCAGCGCUGCGUUUCAGCUGUCCCACGUUUUGGUUUUCGCUGAUGUUAAAGACGUGUUAGCCUAGCUUAGCAUAAAGAUGCAGCUCCACUCUGUCCGUCACAUGCGGGGCUAGGCUAGCUGUUCCCCGCUGCUUUAUGCUAAGCUAGGCUAAUCAGCUUCUGCCCCCAGCCCCAAACCCACGAGAACCAAACGUCAAACCAACGGUUCCUUCAGUGUCAUUCUAACGUUGGUUAUUAAAACACUAAACUGUUAAUUAUGGGAUUUUAUCUGCGUGGCUCCGCCCCUCGGUUCUGUCAGUUAUGGCUUGCCAAAAUAAAAGCUGAGAUCUCAGAAAGCUAGGAGCGAGGACAGUGAAUCCAGGCGAGUUGAUGUGGAGGUCAGAGGGACAGUGAACGCACCUGAAGUGUUUUCAUGCUGAUACGUUUAUUUUUUCGCCUGAUUCAGGAUUUUUGAUUGUUGUUGAUUAUUGGUCUUUGUUUUCUGUUGGAAAUCAUUGAACUGACUCGGCCUGUGUUCGUCACGUGCUCAGACCAAAGCUCCUGUUUCAGAACUGACAGAACCGACGGUCGGAGCUGUGAGAGGAAAAAAUCCCCGUGGUAAUAAACCACAUUUACCGAGUCUCACAGUGACAGAGGCUCAGGGUGUGAACGGACGUUUGGAGGCUUCAGGCUCAGACACCGAUGGUAGUUCAGUUUGUGUAUCACACUUUUAUUUUGAAAUGUUUUAAUAUGGACAGAAUGUUGUACCUGAAUCUUCAGGUGUUUCCAGGGCUCAGCUCUUACGUGACGUAACGUGACGGUGGAUUCUCGUGUUGUUUUAUCUCACCUGACGCUGAUGUCUGACGACGACGAUCACAUCAGCUUCCAUGAUUCUGUUUCUGAAACAACAGCCGAGCUACGUUAAUGCCACGUCUAUUUAUUUCCAGAAAAAGGACAGAAUGAUUUUUUAUGGACUGUAAAAAAAAAAAAAAAAAAAAAAAGCCUCCAGUGUUUUCAUUCAUUUUC